CCACAGUGCAUCGGUAGCUUUGACCGCGCGCGCCCGCUUGAGCAAAUAUCAUUGUUUACUUAUUCGUAUUUGCAAUCUACCGACUUUGAAAGGUAUAAAAGAAAAAAAUACAACGCUUGCAGCAGUGAUGAAGUUACUUUGGUUGUUAUUAGUUGUUGCGGUGGCCGCUCAGCUCGAUGAUAACAUCGAGGAGGAGGAGUUGGAAGAACCUUAUAAUGAAGAAGAUUAUGAGCAUUCUAGAGACAAAAGGAACAUAGAAGAUUUUGAACAUUCUAGAACCAGACGAGAUAUAGAAGAUGAUGAUCCUUAUGAAGAGAUUUUUAGAACGCGGCGGGAUGUUCACGAUCCGUUUGAAGAACAUUCUAGAGCCAGACGUGAGAUAAAUGGUGAUUAUGAAGAGAACAGGACACGGCGUAAUGUGAACGAAGGUCCGUUUGAAGAGCAUAUAAGAGUGAAAAGAUGUACAUACGAAGAUGUUCCAAUAAGUCGCAUUCGUCGCUCAGUAAGAACUCCUCGGCAAGUCCACCAGUACGAAGUCCACGAGUUUACAGAUGGAGAGAGUUAUCCAUCGCCUCCUUAUGAAGAAAUGUUAGCGGCUAGCGCUGAGCAUUAUCAUAAAGUUUAUGCAGCUCCAAAUACGAGGCCAGAUGUGAGUGUGCCUGUUGUGUAUCGUCCUGUGCCGUCUGUGUUGUCUCCUGUGCCAUAUAAACAAGCUCGUCAAGUGUCCCAACCUUUCCAAGCUCAACUUUUGUACACUCAACCUCACCAAGCUCCUGUCCAAGCGUCAUACGCAAAAAUCCAAACGCCUCAAGUACCCCAAUAUUCUCAAAAUUUAGUUGCAAAGCCUCAAGUAGCCCAUGAACGUUUUCAACCUAUCCACGCCACGCCUCAAGUAACCCAAUAUCCUCAAAAUCUGGUUGCAAAGCCCCAAGUCCAUCAACUUUCUCAACCUUCAAAUGUAGCUCAAUCCCACCAACAACCAUUCUUAGUUCCAGUAAAAUCUUCUAUACAAGUAGCUGACGCUCCCAACUCCUUCCAAAGUCCCUUAGGCAUCAUCCAAGCGAAAGUCCCGCUUUCCUCAGAAGUUGCUGUAGCUACCGUGGAAGAAGUCCCGCUGCUGAAGGAUCAGCAGGAAGCAGCUGCCGUGGUUAAGCAUAAUAAGCAUGCGAAGGGGCAUAAGCAGGGUGGUGGUCAUGCGAAACAUGCCCAGCAUGAUGCGCAUAAAGGAGGAAAGAGCUCCAGUGGUUUCAAGCACGAUCAUCAUGUAGACAAAGGUGCUAAGGGCUUCAAAACAGAUGAGUUACAUCGUAAAGAAUAUGAGGAGGCAGAAGGAAAACAGAAGAAACACCAUGAUAAAGCUGACCAUAAGGGAGGCCAUGAGGAACAGGCUCAUGGCCAUAAGGGAUCGAAAUUUGAUGAAAAGAAGGGGCAUAAGAAGGGACAUAAGACAAAAGGCUACCACAACAAAUACCACAAAGACGAGUUCCACAAAGAGCACAAAUUCUACGAUGACUACCACAAGAGCGGAGAACACCACCGAUACGGCAAAUUCAACGCAAAACACGCCAGCAAUGAAAGUGGGAAGAAGAAAGCGCAUCACGUCAACGCUGGACAUGACUUCGUUGAGAAAGGCAAGAAAGGAUACAGCAACAAGGGCCACCUGGAUGCAGACCACAAAGGCUACAACGGCAAGCAAGGCCACGAAGAACACCACGAGAAACACUCAUCACACGGCAAGAAGGGGGGCAAAGAGGGGGGCUCGCACUGGAAACAUGCGAAGAACUAAAACCUACAAUGAUGCGCAAGUUACGGAAAGUCUCCCAAAAAUUGCAGAAAUUUUCAGAAAUCUUAGUUCUCAGCUUUCGUUUACGAUACAAAAGUUUCCAUGUAGAAAAUUACGCAAUAUCGGAAACUUUCUGUCAAAGCGUCAAAAACAAUGCCAUGAUUUAGGGCUAUUUUUAAGGCCAACAGAUACCUUAAAGUGUUAUGCAAAAAGGCCUUAGUUACUUGCGUGAUUUUUAUCUGAAAUUGAAAUUGUAUGCAAUGUGUCACACCGCUUGAUGUGACAGCUGCCAUACAGUUUCUUAUAUUAUAACUGGCGCGAUGCAUACGUUUUUAAUGUGGCCUGGCUUUAAGGAUUAGUGCAAAUUUUCAAAUGCCAUUCUUGUAAGGCUUUUAUGUAAGGUUGUAACACCAACUGCCAGUUGUUUUAAUAAUCAGUAUUAUACCAGCUGUAAGUACAUACAUACAUACAUACAUACAUAUAAUCACGCCUAUUUCCCGGAGGGGUAGGCAGAGUCCACGGAUUUCCACUUGCUACGAUCCUGACAUACCUCUUUCGCUUCCUUCACUUUCAUAACAUUCCUCAUACACGCUCGCCGGUUUAGGGUGCUCUUGACCUGGCCUUUCUUCAGGAUUUCCCCGAUCUGAUUCAGCUGUAAGUAUGUAUGUAAAAUACCUAUUUUUAGUAAAAAGAUCUAAUGUUACUUUUUUCCUGGGCAAAUAUUUCUAAAGAUUCUUUCUUCUAUCUAACUAUAGUAACUAAUCAUUGAAAUACGUCUAAGAGAAGUACAAAGAAGCUACUUUAAAUUAACAAUAGUACGAAAAAGUAUAACAAGAACUGAUCGAUAGUAAAAUAAACAGACAUCGAAACCCACUUAACGUUUAAUAAAAAAAGUGUAUCAAAUAGUUAAAACGGUUAUAUCGAAUGACGCAACCGAAAAACCGAAACGAACUAUCGUCGCAACCUAAUUCGAAAACUUACUUUACCUCACUUAACAUUAACUUGGCUAAAAUCAACCUUAGAACGCACACAUUAGAGUUGAUAUUUGUGUAAACGAAAUUACUUAACACAGUAGAAACGCAUGAAAUCAUUCCGGCCCGUGUGAAAUUCAGUUCCGUGGGUUUAUUUAUUGUAUAAAUGUUAUUUCAUCAGGAUUUCAGGAAGUAAACUUUUACGUAUUUAAGAUGCUGGCAAGAACUAAAUACUUAUUAUUAUAUGAUGUUGAUGAGAUACCUACUAAUAUUAAACACAUAUUAUGUGGUUUUGAAAAUAAAACUGGUUGGCUAAAAAAUUAAAUCGUUUUAACUUAACUAAUUUUCUUUUUUAGUCCUUCCGAUGUAAUCUAAAAGUAUAAAAAUUAUGUUAUUAUCAGCAUCUUAAAUAUCAUCACAUAUUGUAAAUAAUGUUUCACCUUUUAUUGUAAAUACCAGUAUUAUUAUAUUUAGGUUAUAAAAAAUAUCGGAAACCUCAAUGCAAGAAACUUCGUUUUGCAGUUUUAUAGAAAUACCUCCAUAAUAUGUUUUAUUUGGAACAUUUGCAAGUUAAUUAAAACUUGGUGCAUCUCAAACUUGUCGCAAAAUACAAUAACAAGUUAGGAAGCCCGUUAAAUAUUUAUAUUUUAAUUUAUACAUAAGUCUGUUAAUUUUAGAGAAAACGUUUUAUGCAAGCAAAUAGUGAAAUCACAUAUUCUUUUCUUGAUGGACUUGAGGGCGGUGUUGCCCGUAGCCAAUGUCACGUAAAAGGGUAGGAACAAAAUAAAUGCUCUUAGAGCACGACGCUGUUCGGUGGUUGUUGUAGUCGUCUCGUAAAACCGAUAGCUGGAUUUUACGAGAAGCACGUGGACUACCGGCCGUUGACUCCAAAAUGGUGGUUAAACACGCUUUGAGAUUAAUUCUCCAUUCACUGCACACUACCACAUUAGAUUAUUGUAUAAUAAAGCUAUCGAUAUUACACUAAACAAUAUUAAUGAGCAAAAAACAAAGGAAUUAAUCACGAGGCUACUAUCAAGAUGGCGUUCGAACCGGAAGUCAAAUCACAUAUUACGAGUAUUAUAAAAGUAUGUUGACUUGUUUGGCUAAACCUGAAAAUAUGAAAGACUGUAGAUGUAAAAUUUGUUUAAUUGUAAUAAGAGUAUUAAUUAUGUGUAUUUAACGUUUUUAUAUUUUUCGUCAUUAUUAUUUUACUUUGUGAAAAUAAAUGAAUAAGUCUUUGUUA